UGUAAACUCGCAAUGACAAUUAUGAAUACAUAGUUAUUAUCACAACAGCAAAAUUGGGCUUAUCUACCACCAAAAUUAAAUACUACUCCUAUAAUCGAAAAUCAAUCAAUGGCUAACAACACUACAACUGCGGGCAAAGCCAUUACAUGCCGAGCGGCGGUGGCGAGAGCAGCUGGGGCGCCGCUCGUGAUACAGGAGGUGGUUGUGGAUCCUCCUAAAUCCGGCGAACUUCGCAUCAAAAUCAUCUGCACUUCUCUUUGUCAUAGCGAUCUUACUUUCUUGAACUUGGACUUGCCUCCCGCUUGUUUUCCGAGAAUUCUGGGACAUGAAGCAGUUGGCGUGGUGGAGAGCGUGGGCGAUGGCGUUAUUGGGGUUGUCGAAGGAGAUAUGGUUAUCCCCGUAUUUGUGUCAGACUGUGCUGAGUGUAGAGAUUGCACAUCGAAGAAGAGCAACCUGUGCACCGAAUUCCCAUUUAGAGUCGAUCCCUGGAUGCACGAUGGCACGAGCAGAUUCAGAGACCUCAACGGAGAGACUAUACACCAUUUCAUGUUUGUGUCUAGUUUCACAGAGUACACAGUUGUUCAUCGUGCUAACAUCAUCAAACUCGACCCAACAAUCCCUCCCAGCAGGGCUUGCCUCCUUGCUUGUGGAGUCUCCACAGGCGUAGGAGCGGCAUGGAGGUCUGCAAGUGUCGAACGAGGAUCCACGGUUGCCAUCUUCGGUUUGGGGUCGAUCGGAUUGGCAGUUGCAGAAGGGGCAAGAUUGUGUGGUGCUGCUAGAAUCAUUGGCAUUGAUGUGAACCCUAACAAGUUUGCACUAAGUAAAAAAUUUGGAGUAACUGAUUUCAUUGAUUCUACAAGCUGCAUUGAAAAAUCUGUAAGCCAGGUGGUAAAUGAGAUGACCGGUGGAGGGGCAGAUUACUGCUUCGAAUGCGUUGGAAGGGCUUCCCUAGUUGAGGAGGCAUACGCCUGCUGUCGAAAGGGGUGGGGUAAGACGAUCGUGGUGGGGGUGGAUAGACCCGGCACACUACUGAAAUUCGCAUCCACGGAAGUCCUUCAUAGUGGAAAGACUAUCUUGGGAUCUUUGUUUGGAGGCCUCAAGCCAAAGUCGGACAUACCGAUCCUCGUUAAGAAGUACAUGGACAAGGAGUUGGAGCUGGAUAAGUUUGUGACGCAUGAGGUGGGGUUUGAAGAGAUCAACAAAGCUUUCGAUUUGCUGCAUCAAGGAAAGAGCCUCAAAUGUGUGAUUUGGAUGGAUAGAUGAAUUUCUUUUAUGUUUUUUUGUUGUUGUUUGGAGAAUAAUAGUAAUAAUAAAACAACAGUUAUAUAGUUAGCAAGCAAAUUUUUUAUCCAAUUUUAAAUAUUUUGAACAAGUGUGAUUUACUACUUUAUGUUCGGAAUUAGUAAGUAUGCUAGUAAAAGUUCAACUUAUUUGUACAA